GAGGGGAUCGGGCAGGAUCGCCGCGGAGCUCCUGCCGCCGCCGCAGCCGCCGCCGCAGCGAAGAGGCCAUGUUGUGUGGUGUGUGGGGCGGGGGGGUGGAGGAGGAGGGAGUAAAGCCGAGAGAGGAGACGGGAGAGAGACACCACACACACACGGCACAAGAUGGCCGGAGAGGCAGCAGCACCCCGAGCUGUCAGGCGUUCCGACGCGGCCGCGGGGCCCGCCAGCUGGCGUGGAGGUGCGCCCGGGCGGCCCGCAGGCACGCGGGGGCGAAGCGGCCGCGGCUGAGACGAGAUCGGCCUUGUGCCGGGGUCGGAUCUCGCGGCAGAUGCGCCCGGAGCGGCCGGGCCCACGACGCCGAAAGCGCCGCUGCGGCAUCGUCCGCAGAGGCUCUCCGAUGCCCCGGCGGCUCGACCCGGCGCGGGCGAGAGGCCCGGCGCGGGAAUCGUGUGCGGGCGACCUCCAGGUGCCGGCAGCCGCGCUCCGACCCGGUAACUUACAAGAUUAAAAUUAAACUUGGUUGAUGAUGGUUCUGAACAAAUACAGCUCUUUAUUUGAGAAUUGUGAAUCCUGAGACUGAAUCUCUAAAGGGCCUGUACAACAUAAUAGAUGUUGGUGGAAGCAUUUACACAUCAAUGCUUUCAUUCAAGUCAGCUUGAAGAGUCUCAAAUGGACCCUACCACUGAGAAAUCAAGAUGGCAGUCCACUAUGGGGAAUAGAGGAAAAUGGAUUAAUACAAGAGUGCUGUGAUAACAUACAACCAAGACAGGGUUCUUUUAACAUGGAUUGCGUGAAAUGAAUGAAGACAAUAGAUUUCUUACCCAACACAAAUGGACAGUGGAUUUGACUUUCUAAAGACUUUUUGUAUCAUUAAAACAAGUCCAUUUUUGACAUUUGGAGAUGAAAGAUGGCACGUUUUUGUAUGCCUGGAAUUUUUUUUUUUUCAGUUUGAUUUGUAUGAAUAUGACCUUGUGGAAUGUUAACUUUAAUAAAAUUUCUAACACUUUAAAA